UUGUAAUGGCUGCCAGCGCGCGUCGUAUUGAUUUUUGCGUUACAUUACAUACAAAAUCUUAUACAUAGUACAAAUUACAACAGUGGGUACAUAUAUAUGCGCCUUAAUGCAUUUUCAAUGUUGUAUAAGCUAAAGAAUGUGUGUUUGAGAAAUGUGAUGUAUUUUAGUUAAAUUUUGUGUUAAGUUUACACAACAAUAUGCAUCGUCGCGGCGGGAAACGCAUCCGGAUGGAUGACCCUCCUCCGGAGUACGUGAAUCCGAUGACCCCGGCGACUCCCAUGACUGAUUAUGGCGGCCAGUCUGUGCACGAGCCCGAGACGCCAAGCUAUAGCGGGUUUAAUGCUGGCGCGCCGGUAAACUCGACAGCAACUGAGGCGCCACGAGAGGAGGCUGACGAGUCGCAUCAUGAAGAAGAGGAGCCGAGAUCACCAUCGCCAACGCCCACAAAGCGUGUGACCCGCAGUCGCGGUAGGCGUGGAGAUGGUGGGUACGUGGGUCGGCUGGCCGAGUCGCCACCACCGCCGCCGCUGCGCCGGCGUGGCCGAGGGGGCCGCGGGCGUGGCCGGGGCAGAGGUGCCGCUCCGCCACCGGCGUACUCGCCACCUCCCGUACUGCUGCCCGGUGACGACGAGAACAGUCUCUAUAACAUACUGAGGUUCAAUAAGACUGCUAUCAAUCAAGUAGUGGAUAUGUGGAUUGAGGAAUACAAGACAAACCGUGAGGUGGCAUUGGUUCAACUGAUGCAGUUCUUCAUCAACUCAUCAGGGUGCCGUGGGAAGGUCACACCAGACAUGGCACAGAUGGACCACACACUCAUCAUCAAAAAGAUGACACAGGAGUUUGAUGAGGAAAGUGGUGAAUAUCCACUGAUAAUGUCCGGACAGACAUGGAAAAAGUUCCGCUCCAACUUCUGUGAGUUCAUCCAGACCCUGGUGAAGAUGUGCCAGUACUCCAUCAUCUAUGACCAAUACUUGAUGGACAAUAUCAUCUCACUGCUCACAGGACUCUCUGACUCUCAAGUGAGAGCUUUCAGACACACUGCCACACUGGCUGUGAUGAAGCUGAUGACAGCGUUGGUGGACGUGGCGCUUCUGACAAGUGUGAACUGCGACAACUGUCUUCGCCAGUACGAGGCGGAGCGGCUGAAGGCGCGGGACAAGCGCGCCACCGAGCGCCUCGAGGUGCUCGUCGCUAAGCGGCAGGAGCUUGAGGAAAACAUGGAGGAGAUCAAGAACAUGCUCUCCUACAUGUUCAAAUCUGUGUUUGUGCACCGCUACAGGGACACGCUGCCUGAUAUCAGGGCCAUCACCAUGGCUGAGAUAGGCAUCUGGAUGGAGAAGUUUCCAGCACACUUCCUUGAUGAUCUGUAUCUCAAGUAUAUUGGCUGGACACUUCAUGACAAAGUGGGUGAGGUACGUCUGCGUUGUCUACAAGCUCUCCAGCCAUUGUAUGAGUGUGAGGAGCUGAAGGGCAAGCUAGAGUUGUUCACAUCCAAGUUUAAGGACCGCAUCGUGUCUAUGUCGUUGGACAAGGAGACGGAAGUCGCAGUACACGCCGUUAGGCUCGUCAUUGCCAUACUGAAGAUGCACCCAGACGUGCUGACGGACAAGGACUGCGAGAACGUGUACGAGCUGGUGUACUCGUCGUGGCGCGCGGUGGCGGCGGCGGCGGGCGAGUUCCUGAACGUGCGCCUGUUCCGCGCCGACGACGUGCCCGAGCAGCGCUCGCGCCGCGGCAAGCGCCGGCUGCCCAACACGCCGCUCAUCAGGGACCUCGUGCAGUUCUUCAUCGAGUCCGAGUUACAUGAACAUGGCGCUUACCUGGUGGAUUCGUUGAUCGAGUCAAAUCCCAUGAUGAAAGACUGGGAGUGCAUGACGGAUCUGCUGCUGGAGGAGGCGGGCCCCGGCGAAGAGGCGCUCGAUAACAGACAGGAGUCGUCGCUGAUCGAGCUGAUGGUGUGCUGCGUGCGGCAGGCGAGCUCGGGCGAGCCGCCCGUGGGGCGCGGCGCCAGUCGCAAGCACCACCACAUGCUCUCCAAGGAACAGGCCAAGGUGGUGAGCGAUGACCGCGCGAAGAUGACGGCGCACUUCAUAGUGACACUGCCGGCGCUGCUGGACAAGUUCGGCGCCGACCCCGAGAAGCUCACCAAUCUGGUCUCCAUUCCACAGUACUUCGACCUCGAGCUUUACACGACGCAGCGGCAGGAAGCUAAUCUGACGCUACUUCUAAACAAGAUCCGCGAUAUGGUGAAUGUGCAAACAGAGGCAGAGGUGCUGGAGACGUGUGGCCGCACGCUGGAGUUCCUCUGCUCGGAGGGGUGCUCGGUGUACAGCAAGUGCAAUGUGGCGCGCGCCACCAUUACCGACGCAUGCGUCAACCGAUACAAGGAGGCCAUCGACGAGUACCGCAGCCUCAUUGAAGGCGGGGAGACGCCCGACGCGGACGAGGUGUUCAACGUGAUUAACUCGCUGCGCAAGGUCUCCAUCAUGUACAUGUGCCACAAUCUCAACGACACCAACAUAUGGGACUCUCUCUUCGAGGACUUGCCCAAGUGUCUCAAGCAGAAUGAGACACAGAUGCCGACACAGGCGCUGGUGUACGUGGUGCGCGCGUGCUUCUACUCGCUGGUGUGGGAGCUGCACGCGCUGGAGGAGCGCGGCGGGGGCGCGGGCGGCGCGGGCGGCGCGGGCGCGGUGGCGGCGGUGCGCGACCGGCUGCACGCGUACGCGACGCACUGCAAGCUCAUCGUGCGCGACGGACUCGCGCCCGAGCUCCGCGAGGAGGCGUACACGAGCCUGUGCGACCUGCUGAUCUUCUUCGCGGAGAACCUGUACGCGCUGCACCACGCCGGCGAGCCCGCCAUGAAGCAGCUCGUGCUGGAGCCCGACAACGAGCUGUGCGACCUGCUCAACGACUUCAUACAGGAGUUCGUCUUCGUGCACCACAACUACGGUAAUUACACUACACACACUACGCGGUGCACACGGCCACUAGUCACAUUAAUAUAACAUCCCGUGGUACUGAAUAUAUACAUUUUUCAUACAUAGUUUCAUGUGAACUAGAACUUAUAAUUUCACAAAAUGCAGUUACUGGAUGAUAAUACACAUAAGGUUAAUAUUUACUGAACAAAACAUUUACUUGAUGAUAAACCAUGACAAAAGGCAUACUACAGUCCGCGCGCAAGCUCCGCGAAAUUUUAGGGAUCUUGACAUAAUAACUUAAUACAGUGAGUUAUUCAAUAUUCCGUAGAUAAAUGAAGCUGGUGAGGUAUAUCAUAUUUUUAUAUAUAUGUAUUCGAU